CUUCGGCUCUGGGCGUGCCAAUAAUUUGACUUUGUGUAAAGUAAGAGAGUUACGCAAAACACAAGAGAAAGAGGAGGCCGCCGCCGAACCAAAUCCCAAUCCAUUCCUAACCAAACUCCUCCCUCGCUCUCCAUAUGGAUCCAGAUGCUGUCGCCAAGGCAUUCGUGGAGCACUAUUACUCCACCUUCGAUGCCAAUCGUGCCGGCCUUGCUAACCUCUAUCAAGAUGGCUCCAUGCUCACUUUCGAGGGCCAGAAGAUCAUGGGAUCCCAGAAUAUCGUUGCCAAGCUUACCAGCUUGCCCUUUCAGCAGUGCCAGCACGCGAUCACCACCGUUGAUUGCCAGCCCUCCGGCCCCGCCGGCGGAAUGCUCGUUUUUGUGUCCGGUAAUCUCCAGCUAGCCGGCGAGCAGCACGCCCUCAAGUUCAGUCAGAUGUUCCACUUGAUGCCAACGCCUCAAGGAAGCUUCUAUGUCCUAAAUGACAUUUUCCGCUUGAAUUAUGCAUGAUGAUCAGUAAUGGGAUCUGGAACUCGACUUGGAGUUGAAUGAUCUGCUCUGCCUCUGAACUUUGUAUUCCGAAGUUAAUCUGCUGUUAGGAAUCGAAAAUUGUUGUUUCAGGUUCACCUGUUGGCUGUUUUGUGUAUUCUUUUUCCCAGAUAUUAUGAAGAUUAGACCAAGUCUCAGUUAAGAUGGGAUGAAUUUGAUUGCAUGAAGCCAUGAACUCUCCAAAGCCUGUAUGGAAAGUUUAAUCGAACGCAUUGUGAUGUACUACUUUUCAUUUAGUUUUAUAUAUGUCGCACAUGGGGAGCAUUGUUAUGUUCCUUGUGCUA